UGGUAAAUUUUCAGUCCUCCGUGCAACUGUUCGGUGCUUUUGAGUGUUUUAAAGUGUUGAAAAUUUUCACAUUUAUUUAUUCGAAUGAAAUACAGAAGUCGAUCAAAUCGACAAAUCAUUCAAAUCCAGUUUAGAAGUUUCUUGAGGUGAAGACUGAAGUGGUUUGUGACGAAAUCGAAUAAGGUUGUGCCAAAUAGUCUUAACGUUAAUUUAUUAAGAGAAGAAUAUUUAUUGUAAUUUAUUACGAAUAUAAAAUGAAGUUCAACGGUAGUCUCUACUCAAGAUUAAAACUAGCAAUAUUCCUUGUGUUGGUGAUAUCACAGUUGGGUGAAGGCAAAAAAAACGAGACAAAAUACGAUAAACAAUGUGAAGACAACGAAAAAACCAAAAACACAUUUUCCUGGCCCGACUACUUGGUUCUUGGAGCGAUGUUGCUGGUCUCCUGUGGCAUCGGCGUUUUUUACGGCUUCAUUGGCGAAAAGCACGCCUCCAGUGACGACUUCCUCUUGGGCGGAAGCUCAAUGGGGACCUUCCCCAUGGCCAUGUCACUCGCAGCGAGUUUUAUCACAGCAAUCGAAUUGUUGGGAAACCCAGCAGAAAUGUACAACUACGGAACCCAAUUCUUGAUGAUUUGCUGCGCUUUCCUCCUCGUGGUACCUCUAACUGCCCGUUUUUACCUACCCUUGUUCAUGGAAUUGCGUUUAACAAGCAGUUAUGAGUAUUUGUCUCUACGAUUCAACUCUUCGGUGAGGUAUUUUGCGAGUGGGCUUUAUAUUUUGCAAAUGGUUUUGUAUAUGAGUGUUGCGGUCUAUGCCCCAGCUUUGGCACUCAGUCAUGUGACUGGUUUAAAUGUAUACGUGGCGGUGAGUGUGGUUUACAUCGUUUGUAUUUUCUACGCGUCUCAGGGAGGAAUGAAAGCUGUUAUUAUCGCUGAUACGUUCCAAGCUGGUGUUUUAAUCGGUUCAAUUCUACUUAUUGUGUAUUUAGGGGAAAAAUUCGUUGGGGGAACUGGCGCAAUCUGGUCGCAUAAUUACAACACGGGACGAUUAGAAAUUUUCAAUUUGAAUCCGGACCCCACCAUCCGUCAUAGUUUUUGGUCGGUGGUGAUUGGCGGGACUUUCUAUUGGAUGACAAUGUUUUGUUCGAAUCAAGCCUCAAUUCAAAAAUAUUUAUCUGUAGAAAAUAUCAGUCAAGUUAAAACGGCUUUAUGGACUUCAUGUUUUGGACUUAUUUUAAUUUACGUCAUAAAUUUCUACACUGGAAUGAUCAUGGUGGCCCAUUACCAACACUGCGACCCGAUUAAAUCCGGUGAAAUUACCGCAACUGAUCAGAUUUUACCCCUUUAUGUGAUGUCGGAAAUGGGGCAUUUUAAAGGCGUUGCUGGCUUUUUUGUUGCUGGAAUUUUUGCAGCUAGUUUAGGCACAGUCGCAUCGGCCCUCAACAGCUUGGCUGCAGUCACAAUCCAAGAUUUUGUCUGUGGGGCAUUUAAAAUCGUUCUGCAUGAAACCAAAGGGGCAUUUUGGGCCAAAUCAAUCUCCAUCAUGUAUGGCGCAAUAAGUUUUAUUUUGGUGUUUGUGGUGGCACAACUGGGGAGUAUUAUGCAAGUUGCGAUAAGUUUCAAUGGGAUGGUUGGAGGUGUGACUCUUGGGUUAUUCUCCCUUGGAAUGUUUUUCCCCUGGGCAAACUCAAAAGGAGCAAUUUUCGGGAGUGUAAUUGCUGUGUGUUUAAUUACUGUGAUGUGUGUUGGACAACAAGUUGCCAUCGCUAAUGGGGAUUUAAUUGAAGAAUCCAAACCCACCAAUAUUGAUAAUUGUACUUGUUUCAAUGCAAGCCUAUUACAAGAUGAAAAAAUUUCGACAAGUUCAGUCUUUUUCCUCUUUCGAAUUUCGUACAUUUGGUACUCGGCUUUGGGUUUUCUGAUGACAGUUUUCAUCGGUUUGGUUUCAUCGUUUCUAGUUGGUUGUAGUGAUCCUCAUGAAACUGAUUGGAAUCUGGUUUCGCCACCCAUUAAAAACCUUCUUUUCUCACUCUCAAAUAAAACUAAAGAAAGGCUAAAUCUUCCCUUGAAAAUCCACACUAAUAAGACGCAAAAUAACGCCUUUGUUGGAGUUUUUAACAUAGCCUUGGAUAUAAAUGAAGAAAAUAAACCGCAAGAGAGAGUAACUGAAAAAGUUCGAAAAAUUUCAGCACCUUCAAGUUUUUUAGUAACGACUUAGCAAAACUCAAAGUUGGAACAUAAGUGCAAAUAAAAGUAUUAUUUUUAAUAAUAGACUGUUGACAGUAUUUUUGUGUGUAAAUAGUUAUUAAGAUAAGUUUUUCUUCUGUCAGACAAUAAUUUAUAAAAUAUAUAGCUUUAUUAUUAGAAUGUACUUACAAAGCGUUUUGUUCAAUUAUAUGAAUAAAGUGUUUGGAAAACGUG